UUUUGCAACAGCCCUGUGCACCAAUGCCAGCAUGCAGCAGAGGCUUAAAGGAUUAUGUGUAUGUAUGUGCAGGGGAAGUCACAUGUAUACACAGAGUUCAGUGCCACCACCGAGGGCAGUGCAGCGGCGUCAGCCGUCUUUUUCUAAGCUCUCCCGUUGUUUAUUCCUACUAGAGAAAUGAGAUAUUGGACUUUCUGCUGAGCUCACUUUGAAAAGGGUCUGACUUGAUGGGCAAAAUGUUUCUGCCAGCCAUCAAGGAACAACAAGGCUGUGCCUACCAGAAAAGCUGGUAACCAGCGGAGAAGAUACAAAAGCUAAAAUCACUAUGUGGAGCUGUGAAACCUUAAACAACAGUACCGAGAACAGUGAGGACCAGCACCUCUGCCAUGACUUCCACCUUGUGCUUUCCAUCUUUUCCCUACUCUACCUCAUUAUAUGUUUCCCAAUUGGCCUUUGUUACAAUGGCUUGCUGGUCCUAGUUAAUCUCUAUAACAAAGCUACUAUGACUAUGCCAGAUGUUUACUUUGUCAACAUUGCCAUUGCUGGUCUCAUCAUCAACGCUCUGGCACCAGUAUACCUUCUAGGUCUUGCCAAUACAAAAUGGGCCAUCUGGAAUUCUAACAAUGAAGUUUAUAUUACCUUACUUAUUUUAUUCAACGUCUCGUCUUUAGUUAUCAUGUACUCUACUACAUUACUCAGUCUGGACUACUACAUUGAACGUGCUCUACCUAGAACUUACAUGUCAAGUGUCUACAACACCAAACAUGUUUGUGGAUUCAUAUGGGGUGGUGCCAUGCUUACAAGUUUUUCAUCGCUCCUGUUCUAUGUCUGCAAUCAUGUAUCCACUAAAAUAAUUGAAUGUUCCAAGAUGCAGAACAAAGAAGCAGCAGAUGCCAUUAUGGUGUUUAUUGGGUAUGUUGUACCAGCUAUCGCUGUACUGUAUGCACUGACGUUAAUCUUGCGAAUACGCAAAGAGGCUACACCACUGGAUCAAGACACUGGACGAUUAGAUCCAUCAGUGCACAGGCUUUUGAUUGCCACAGUCUGUACACAGUUCACGUUAUGGACACCCUAUUAUGUUACUCUCUUGGUAAGCACAUUUACUAAUGCACAAGGAAGAAUUGCAGAUGAAAGUUACAUUCGAAUAUUACAUUUUACCAAGAUUUUAUCAAAAUUCUUGGCUUUCUCAAGCAGCUUUGUAAUGCCUCUGCUCUACAGAUAUAUUAACAAAAACUUUCCCAACAAAUUACGACGUUUGCUUAAAAAGAUACACUGUGGGAAUCAAGGGUGUUCUCAUGAACGCACAGUAGUACAGCAAGUUAUGACGUAG